UUCGACUGUUGAAACUUUACUACGCAACAAAAAAAAAAAAAAAAAAAAGGGUCAAAAUGUCAACAACGAACGAUUUCAUCAUCAAAUCAAUCACUCUAAAUUUGGAAGUGCUAACAAAUUUUCCAGAGACAUAAUCCUUCUCCGAUGCCUAUAUUCUUCUCUUCUCGUUUUCUCUUCUUCUCCACCAUCGUCCCCUUCCUCGUCUCUAUCGCUCUCUACAAACUCGACACCUUUGACCCAGCUCCAGUUCCUUCCGAUGCAUACGCCUCCUCUACUACUUCCAUCCCGCCGCUUGUCAACGAGAAAUCACUCACCGGAGCUGAGUUUAUCGGCGUCGGUCUUCUCGAUAAACCUGAGGAUAUCGCCUACCAUCAAGACUCCAAUCUCAUCUAUACUGGCUGCAUAGAUGGAUGGGUGAAACGAGUCACUGUCCAUGACUCAGCUAAUGACUCAGUCGUUGAGGAUUGGGUCAAUACCGGAGGUAGACCGCUCGGAAUCGCCUUCGGAAUUCACGGCGAAGUGAUUGUCGCAGACGCAUACAAGGGACUGUUGAACAUAAGUGGUGACGGGAAGAAGACGGAAUUAUUGACGGACGAAGCGGAAGGCGUUAGAUUUAAGUUGACUGAUGUAGUCGCCGUUUCAGAUAACGGCGUUUUGUAUUUCACUGAUGCUUCUUAUAAAUACACUCUACAUCAAGUCAAAUUAGACAUUUUGGAAGGUAAACCACACGGUCGUCUCAUGAGCUUUGAUCCCACCACUAAAGUGACACGUGUCCUCCUCAGAGAUCUCUACUUCGCUAAUGGCGUCUCCAUGUCUCCUGAUCAAACCCAUCUCAUCUUCUGUGAAACUCCCAUGAGAAGAUGCAGCAAGUAUUACAUUAGUGAGGAGCGUGUAGAGGUAUUUAUUCAAGGCUUACCAGGUUAUCCAGAUAAUAUUCGGUAUGACGGAGAUGGACAUUACUGGAUCGCUAUGGUUUCGGGAGCAACAAAUUUGUGGAGGCUAUCGAUGAAAUACCCUUUCUUGAGGAAACUCACAGGCAUGGCGGCUAAGUAUGGCGUGGAACUUAUGUUUAUGAAGAAUGCAGGCGUUUUGCAGGUUGAUUUGGAUGGGAAUCCCAUCGCAUACUACUAUGAUCAGAGACUCUCUCACAUAACCACCGGUGUUAAGAUUGGGAACUAUCUCUAUUGUGGAAAUAUCUUGCAUUCACACAUUAUCCGACUAGAUCUUUUGAAAUAUCCUGCACAGCAGAAGAAGAAGCUUUGAAACAUCAAAGUUUAUACAAGUACGGAAUUUUUCCUUUUUAGGAGUAUUCACUGUCACAAAAUGUAGACUCAUUGUCCCUUAGAAUGAAUGAAUGAAUGAAUGAUGUCUCUCUCAGGAUA